AUGAGCUCCGUGCUAGGCCCCACGGCCGCGAGCCCGGGCGCCAUGCGCCGGAGCGAGUUCGACGAGGACGAAGUCGAUGCUGUUCAUGAGCUUCAAAAAGACCUCGACCAGAUCGACCACGAAGCUCGCACAGGCGUCCCGAAAACGCAGCAGCGGACGCUGCAACUCGACGCAGAGAUCAAUUUAGAGAACCUGCAGAAGCUCAAGGCGGCCUUCGACGAGGCGGACGUGGACGGCGGCGGCGGGCUGGACAUCGACGAGUUCACCGAGGCGUUCACCUUCCUCAUGCCGGGCCUCGACCGCGACGCGCAGCGCGAGGCCGUCAUGCAGCUCUUUUGCAAGAUUGACGCCAACUCCGACGGCGCCAUCUCCUGGGACGAGUUCUCGUCCUACAUGAUGCUCGAGAACCAGGGCAGCGCGAAGCUGCGCGAGACCGAGCUGUCGCUGCAGUACGUCCGCGACCCGAAGCUCGAGCGCCGCGGCGUCGAGACCGAGGCGCACCGCGAGGCCAUGAUGGCCGCGUGCCUCGUGCCGACGCAGCUCGGCAUCAACGACAAGUACGUCUCCGGCGGCAAGGACGGCACGAUCAAGGUGUGGUCCGCGCGCGGCCUGCGGCCCCUCCGGACGAUCCCCGUCGCGUCGGCGUGGAUUACGGGCCUGCGGUACUGCCCGCGCAGCCAGCGGGUGGUGUCGAGCCUGUUCAACCGGACGAUCAAGCUGUUCGACGCCCAGAAUAUGGACGUGUGCGGCGGCGCGUCGGACCUCGAGCACGCCCCGCUGUCGCUCGAGACGUGGUUCAGCGCGCGCAAGGGCACGGAGCUGCUGUGCACGGGGGACGUGGGCGGGCAGGUGAUCCUGUACGACCUGGUCGAGCGGCUGGAGGAGGAGAAGGGGAGCGACGAGCGGUUCGGGCUGACGCGGAUGUGGAAGAACAAGGUCCACAAGGACUGGGUGAGUUCGGUGUGCUACGUCACGGGGGUGAACUACGUGGCGUCGGCGAGCCUGGACAGCACGAUCGCGAUGCUGGACGCGAACCGGAAGACGGUGGUGAAGCGGCUCGAGGGGCACACGAAGGGGAUCUUCAGCGUCGCGUGGAGCGAGCAAUACAACUUCAUGGUCUCCGGCGGCAUGGACCGGACCCUUCUGCUGUGGAACCCGUACAGCAACCGGCCGAUGGCCGCGCUCACGGGGCACACGGCGUCCAUCUCGAAGAUCCUCAUCAACGACCGCGAGAACCAGGUCCUGUCGCUCAGCGUAGACAAGACUAUCAAGGUGUGGGACGUGCGCAACCACAGGUGCCUGCAGACGCUGGUCGACACCACCAAGUACCGCCCGGAGGACACCGUCUCCACCAUGUUCUUCGACCCAGCCCGCCGGUGCCUCGUCACGGGCACGACGUACCUCAAGCUCUGGCCGCUGCGCUCGAUCAUCUCCACGGGCGCGUCCGCGCACUCGAAGCCCGUCGCGUGCGCGAUUUGGAACCCGACGUUCAAGGAGGCCGUCAGCGGGGACCACGAGGGCGUCGUGUGCGUGUGGGACGUCCGCACGGGCAACAUGAAGUUCCGCUUCCAGGGCGCGCACGGCCGCGACCGCAUCACGACCAUGGCGUUUGACCGCCCGGGGCGGCGGCUGAUCACUGGGUCGGACACGGGGGACCUCAAGGGGUGGAACUACUCGUCCGGGUCCGCGCUGCGACGGUACACGCCCGCGCCCGGCCGCGCGGCCGGCCGCGAGGUCACGGGCGUGGUGGCGUCAGCGGGGCUGUAUUCGGGUCAGUUCCUGGUGUCGGUCGGGUGGAACAAGAAGGUGACGUUCUACGACGACUCCAGCGGCGGUCCGCGCGAGCAGGCACCGAUGCGGGAGCUCCGCGGGCACAAGGCGGACAUUCUGUGCCUUGCGCUGGGUCCAAACAACAUCUUGGUCACCGGCAGCGACGACGGCGCGAUUCUGCUGUGGAACCUGGAGAGCGGGACGAUCAAGCGGCGGUUCGACGCGCCGGCGCCGAAGACGCACCACGGCGCCGCGGCCCCGGGCGCGGUGUCGCCGCUGCAGGGCACGGAGCGCAGCAUCGAGGCGCUGGCCUUCCUGCGCGACAAGCUCGGGUUCGUGUUCCUGAGCGCGGGCGGGGACCGGCACGUGCGGUUCUGGAACAGCAGCAGCGGCGCGCUGAUACUCGACCGGCCGACGGGCCACCGCGCCGGCGAGAGCAUCACCGCGCUGGCGGUGACGCUCGACAACGCGGCGGUGGCGACGGGCGACAGCGCGGGGUUCAUCAAGGUGUGGGACAUCUCCCGCCUGGACUCGCGCCGGCAGGUCACGUCGCGCGACGAGGCCACCGCGACGAUGCGGGAGAUUGCGUUCUUCCGCGCGCACCAAAAGGGUCUCACGAGCGUGGCGUUCGCGGACCUGGACGGGAAGCAGUUCCUGCUGACGGCGUCGCGGGACUGCCGCGUCGCCCUGUGGUCCAAGGAGGGAGCGUUGAUUGGGGCGUUUGGCAAGGAUGUGUGGGACGUGAACGACGCGGGGACGUGGCAGUCGACGACCGUGACGCCGGUGUCGGAGACGGAGCGCACGGAGGUCACCCCGGAGAUCUCUGCGUGGGAGAUGCACCACCCCAAGCGGGCGCACGACGGGGAGGAAGAGGAAGUAGUAUCUCUCAAGGCACUUUUAGGACAGGUUGAGUACCGGCGGCGGAACCGGCCGGGCGAGGGCGGCGUCGAGGGCACGAUGGCGGAGCGCGUCUACCUGCCGCAGCGGGACCGCAAGCUCAACUUCCCGAAGACGGCGGGGCGGCCCAGUUCGUCCGUCGCGCACCUGUUGCACAUUUCUGCACUGAACGAUAUCGCGGCGCGGCCGCAGACGGCGGUAGACGAGCCGAAGCACGUGCACGGGCUCGGGGACGACCACGGGCGGCGGAGGCCGGCGACGGUGCACGGCGCGGGGCUGCGCACGCAUGCGGCGCGGGCGGGCGAUCGCAGGUCGCGUGUGUCGCGAGCGGGGUUCACGGGGGGGGCGUCGAACGCGGAGAGCUUGCGGCCGAAGCUGCGGUAG